CCUUCCCUCUCCACGCGCGCUGCUCCCGUUUCCUGCUCGAGCCGCGGCUUUUUCUCCCCCAAGCUCCCAGCCGUGUCGCGCCCCUCCCUCUCCCCUCUGCUCGUCUGCCGCGCCCAUGCCCACUCCCUGCCGAGCGGCUCCCUCCGCGCGUCAAUGGCCCCAGCUCGGAAUCCCUCCCAUGGCGAGCUCGCCGGUCAUCCCUGCCCUAGCUCGGAUCCCCUCCCUCAUCCCUUUCCCAGCCAAGCUCCUCCCCUGCGGCUCCCUCAUGGCGCCCAGGAUCUCCUCCCACGCAUCUCCCUACUGGAGCUCACGUCCACCCCCAACUCGGUCUCCAGCUCCCCCUUGCGCGGCUCCCUAGAGCUAGGCUCCUCACCAGCGGUCGCCCCAUCUUCUUGGCCAUGGUGCUUGCGCCCCUCCUCGGUCCUCGACGUCGAACGCCGCUGGCUCUCGGCGCCCAAGGAUGUGGAUCCCUCCCUGCUCAACCCUGCUUCUGCCCCAAGCACCUUCGACGGUCCUGCUCAUCUUGCUACCACCAGAAAACGCCACCGGGACAUCGUGCAGGUCUGCAGAAGUAAUAUCUGGCCGCGCUCUGUGCUACUCUAGUUCGCGUUCAUGCCUAGGCUCGAGUUUGUGUACCACAUGUUCAGCAAAAUGUGUGAACCAGUUGUCGACCCCGCCAUGGUUAGCCGGUGCGCCACCUAUCGCGCCUCGCCGAGCGGUUCCCUCUGCUUGGUCCCUGCUAUGGCUCGCCGGCGUUUUCCCCAGCUCGAAUCUCGCCCGACCCAAGCUGAACUUCAUCCAUGGCCACGGUCGAUUCUCCCUGGACGGUCUCAAGCGCCCUCGCCUCCGGUGGUUUUAGCUUGUCGUCAACUAUCCUUGCCGCGCGUGCUUUUGUCCGAGCUCGCCCUUGUCGAGCUCCCUUGGUGUCCCUCCCAUGCCCGUGCUUGCCCAUGGUCGCGCGCCGUCGCGCAGCUCGCCCAAGUCGUCCAUGGCUGCGCACGGUGUUCUUGUCGAUGUUGUGUCGUUGCCGAUGCUGUAGAGCUCGCCUUGCUCCUCGCGUCGCCGUUCGUCGGUCUCGAAUGCUUGGGUCUCUAGCCACGCGUCCAUCUCUAGUUCUGAUCGCAUUCCAGAAGCUCUUUCCGGUUGGUCGUGUCGGCCUUGCUGGCCAUGGAGCUCGCCCCGCGUACGCUCGCCAAUUUUCUUAGCCAUGUAUGCCGAGCUUCCCAGCGCUCCAGCUAGCCGAUAUCGUCAGGUCCGAUUGUCCCAGCUCGUCCUGGUGGCCAUCGAUUUGGAGCUCUGCGCGGACUCGGCUAUGCCCAACACUAUCCAUGUAGCCGUCGUAUGUCUCCGCGUCAUGUACAGCAACAUCACUGACCGUGCCUUCGCAUGCUUUGACGUGUCGAGCCCUUUCCCGUUGUGACUCGCGCGCUAUCUAUUCGUCAAUAAAAUACUAUUGAGCUUCUCCUUGCGACGCAGUUUUUUUGUGUCGUUGUUGCGCCAGAAGACGAAAGGAAACCGCUAAUGCAAAGCUUGUCAGGUGUUGGUGUUGUGCGCGGACCGGAUAGCGCCAUCGAUUUCGUGGUUUCAAAUCGGAUUUUAGUAGGGAUGACGAAGCCGAGGAGCAAUGAUCCGAAGCUUGGUGGAUGAUCCGAAGCUCAGAGGUAGGUGAUGAAGUCGAAGACAUUGCUGUGAAGAAACCUUAGAAAAACUCUUGAAUUAUCCUUGUAAAGAAUAUUGUAUUUUAAGAAUCAGAUACUACUCUGUAAAUUUGUCCAUACCUUGUAAUAUAUUUUUACCUUUCCAUGCA